AUGUUUAGUACUUCUUCUAUUAUUGGAGGAGGAAAUGUAUUAACUGAUGAUCCUAAUACAUACCUUAUUGCGCCGUGUUCUUCUAAUAUUACAUUUAUUAUUCGACUUUGUGAAACAACACAAGUAUUUCAUUUUGAGUUUACUAACACUGAAUUGUUUAGUGGAAAUAUCAAAGAUUUUUCUUUAAAAUGUUCUAUGAAUGGUAUUGAUUUUAUACCAAUUCUAAAUGGAACAACUACUAAUACUUUUAAGACACAAUUGUUUGAUAUUAAUGCUAUACAAUGUAGAGAUAUUCUAUUUGAAAAAAUAAGUACACAUAAAAAAGAUAGAUAUUGCACUAUCUCACAAGUUAAAGUUAAAGGUUUAUCAGUGUUAAAUGAAGUUAUUGAAGAUUCUGCUUUAGUCACCCAAAAUAAUUUAUCUACAUCCCAUCUUUCUAGAAACGCUGACACAAAACUCUUACUUGAUGCUCAACAAAAGAAAGAACAAAAUGUACUUGAUACAUAUUUACAGUUUAGCUCUCAAAACAUCAAUAAUUUAACAUCUCUGUAUGAUGAAUAUCAAACUCAAAUAGAACGAUUAAGCGACUCAUUAGAAACUCCAUUCGUUUCAAUAAAUUUUCUUAAAUUUAAAUCACAACAACUUUUAGUUGAAGUCUUCAACAUUAAAAAUUAUCUGAUUCAAGCAUCAGACACAUUGAGAAAAUGGGUACGUGAUAGAUGGAGUGCAACUCAGUUAAACAAAAAACGACAACAUGACAUGGAAUUUGAUUAUAAGAAGGUUAUGGAGAAGGUUACUUUAAUCAAUUCAUCAAUGAGAGGAAUUACAUUUCAAAACCAAAUAAUGAAGAGUAAUUCAAAACGAAUUACUUUAGAAAUGAAAGGACUAAAUGAAUCAUUUACGACUUUCUUUGAAACUACAAGUUCAAAAAUUAGUAAAUACAUAAUUCUUUAUUUUGUCAUUGUUUUAACUAUGUCAGUAUUAUAUCUAACAUGGUUAUGUGUAUUAUCUAAUAAACUUGAUGAGUAUCAAAUCAAGUUAAAUAAAGAAUGA